CAAACUUGAAGAAAAAAAAAAAAUCGACUGGAAUUCGCAGGAAGACCGAGCAUCUCUCUCUCUCUCUCUCUCUUCUUAUGAGCCUCACAAAUUGAGAAAAGGCUCCUCCUUUUUUGAAUUCUCCUGCUCCUCAUUUGAGCCAUUUUGGGAUCCAUUUCGCAAGCUCGAGCUCUUUCUAUAGCUUUUUUUUUUUGGAAUGGAUCUCUGACCGGAGGAAGAAGAAGAUCACUUGUAGGAGCAUUUCUGGGUAUUGGGCUAAUUAGAAGCGGAGGGGAGAUGGAGAGUUAUCUAAAUGAGAACUUUGGCGGCGUGCUGCCAAAAAAUUCGUCGGAGGAUGCGCUGCAGAGGUGGCGGAAGGUAUGCGGCGUCGUUAAGAACCCUAAGCGCCGGUUCCGAUUCACAGCCAAUCUUUCGAAGCGAUGGGAGGCUGCGGCGAUGAAGCGCUCGAAUCAGGAGAAACUGCGAGUGGCUGUAUUAGUUUCAAAAGCUGCACUUCAUUUUAUACAUGGCCUCACAUUAUCGAGUGACUACACUGUGCCUGAUGAUGUCAAAGCAGCAGGUUUUCAGAUUUGUGCUGAUGAAUUGGGUUCCAUAGUUGAAGGCCAUGCCAUCAAGAAGUUAAAAAUGCAUGGUGGGGUGGAUGGUCUAGCAAAUAAACUGUCAACAUCCGCAACUAACGGCCUUACCACUUCUGAGGAAAGAUUGAAGAUCAGGCAAGAGAUUUAUGGAAUAAAUAAGUUUACUGAAAGUGAAGCAAGGAGUUUUUUUGUAUACGUUUGGGAAGCACUUCAAGACAUGACACUUAUGAUUCUUGGCGCCUGUGCCUUUGUUUCUCUGAUUGUUGGUAUUCUUACAGAAGGAUGGCCAAAAGGUGCGCAUGAUGGCCUUGGAAUUGUUGCAAGUAUCUUGUUAGUUGUCUUUGUUACUGCUACAAGUGAUUACAGGCAAUCUUUACAGUUCAAGGACUUGGAUAAGGAGAAAAAGAAAAUAACCAUACAAGUCACACGAAAUGGAUUUCGACAGAAAAUGUCAAUCUAUGACCUUCUUCCUGGUGAUAUCGUCCAUUUAGCAAUAGGAGAUCAAGUCCCUGCAGAUGGGCUUUUCCUUUCUGGUUUUUCAUUAUUAAUUGAUGAGUCAAGUUUAACAGGGGAGAGUGAACCUGCUGCCGUAACUGCAGAAAAUCCUUUUCUCCUGUCAGGAACUAAGGUUCAGGAUGGAUCAUGUAAAAUGUUGGUAACAACUGUUGGCAUGAGAACUCAAUGGGGUAAGUUGAUGGCCACACUUAGUGAAGGAGGAGACGAUGAAACUCCUUUACAGGUUAAGCUGAAUGGAGUUGCCUCAAUCAUUGGGAAGAUUGGUUUAUUCUUUGCAGUUGUGACUUUUGCAGUGAUGGCACAAUCCCUUAUCUGGCAUAAGUAUAAUGCUGGGACAUUACUCAGCUGGACUGGUGAUGAUGCAUUGCAGUUGUUAGAAUAUUUUGCCAUUGCAGUUACCAUUGUAGUUGUUGCAGUUCCAGAAGGACUUCCCCUAGCUGUGACCUUGAGUCUUGCCUUUGCCAUGAAGAAAAUGAUGAAUGAUAAAGCAUUGGUCCGCCAUCUUGCAGCCUGCGAAACUAUGGGCUCGGCUACGACGAUCUGCAGUGACAAGACAGGAACCUUGACAACCAAUCACAUGACUGUGGUGAAAGCUUGCAUCUGUGGAAAUAUCAGUGAAUUAUCUAAUCCAAGUGAUGCUUCUAGUAUCUUCUCUCAGCUUCCACAAAAGGUGUCUAAUAUCCUUAUGCAGUCCAUAUUUAAUAAUACUGGAGGAGAAAUCGUAACCAACCAACAAAGAAAGAUAGAAAUACUAGGAACACCAACUGAGACUGCUAUAUUGGAAUUUGGCUUAUCUCUAGGCGGUGAUUUUAUAGCAGAGCGUGAAGCAGUUAAGCUUAUUAAAGUUGAACCUUUCAAUUCAGCGAAAAAGAGAAUGGGAGUAGUGAUUCAACUUCCUCAAGGGGGAUACAGAGCCCACUGUAAAGGUGCCUCUGAAAUAGUUCUGGCUUCAUGUGACAAGGUUUUAGAUGCUGCAGGUAAUGUUGUUCCCCUUGAUGAUGCAACAGCCAAUCAUCUCAGGGAUACAAUUGAAAGUUUUGCUAAAGAAGCUCUGAGGACACUUUGCCUAGCCUAUAUGGAGGUUGAAGAUGAUUUCUCAGCUAAUCAACAAAUCCCUUCUGAUGGGUACACAUGUAUUGGAAUUGUAGGCAUUAAGGAUCCUGUCAGACCCGGUGUCAAGGAGUCGGUGGCUGUUUGUCGAUCCGCUGGAAUUGCAGUGAGAAUGGUUACCGGAGAUAACAUUAAUACAGCAAAGGCUAUUGCCCGAGAAUGUGGUAUUCUUACAGAUGAUGGCAUAGCUAUAGAGGGUCCAGAGUUUAGGGAAAAAAGUCUAGAACAAAUGAUGGAAUUAAUUCCAAGGAUACAGGUGAUGGCUAGAUCUUCACCACUGGACAAACAUACACUUGUGAGGCACCUGCGUACUUUGUUCAGUGAGGUCGUUGCUGUGACUGGUGAUGGCACAAAUGAUGCUCCAGCGCUUCAUGAGGCAGAUAUUGGACUUGCAAUGGGAAUUGCAGGAACUGAGGUAGCAAAGGAGAGUGCAGAUGUAAUUAUUCUUGAUGAUAAUUUCUCGACAAUUGUGACAGUUGGCAAAUGGGGACGUUCUGUUUACAUAAACAUUCAAAAGUUUGUACAGUUUCAGCUGACAGUGAAUGUGGUUGCUUUAAUUGUUAACUUCUCCUCUGCUUGCCUUACUGGAACUGCUCCACUGACUGCUGUGCAGUUGCUGUGGGUGAACAUGAUCAUGGAUACAUUGGGAGCUCUUGCACUUGCCACUGAACCUCCCAAUGACGAGUUAAUGAAAAGGAUGCCCGUUGGCAGGAAAGGGAAUUUCAUCAGCAAUGUGAUGUGGAGAAAUAUCUUCGGACAAUCUUUUUAUCAGUUUUUUAUAAUAUGGUAUCUCCAGACGGGAGGGAAACAACUCUUCAGGCUCGAAGGCGCUGGUUCUGAAGUCACCUUGAAUACGCUUAUCUUCAAUACGUUUGUGUUCUGCCAGUUGUUCAAUGAAAUAAGCUCGAGAGAGAUGGAGAAGGUCGAUGUCUUCAAGGGCAUUCUCGACAACUAUGUCUUUGUUGGUGUCCUAUCCACCACCGUCAUCCUCCAAAUCAUCAUCGUCCAAUUUCUUGGGGAUUUUGCUAAUACCACACCAUUGACAUUCUCACAAUGGUUCUUUACUGUAUUCAUUGGGUUCCUCAGCAUGCCCAUUGCUGCAGCUAUCAAGAAGAUUCCUGUUGGGUCAAAAUAAGAGAAUUUGAGGCAAAAAUGGUGCUAUAAAUGCCAACUUUCAAACAUUUGAAAGCCUAAAUUUAAAAGAUCUGGCUCCAUGUUCUUUUUAGUUGCAGCAUGGAAAGGAAAGCAAUCUCUGCUGUGUUUUUAGUAGCUUUUAUGGCCUUUUAACCAUUUGAACUUAACAGUACUGCUGAAGGGAUCUGAGAACAGCUGCAGAGAUGCUGUAAAAUGUCUUUAGUUAUUUGUUUGAAAGUCUCUGAUAUUUUCCUUCGAACCACAUUCUAUUACUUUUCUGCAGUGGAUUUCUGUAUUUGUAUUAUUUAGGCUUGGAAAUGUGUUAAUUUAUUACAUUUGACUUAGUGAUUGUUUCUUAUCUAAAUAUAAUGGAGCUUUGAAUA